UUAUUUCGCUGCGUUGCUUCUUCCGAGUUUCUUUGUUCUCCUCAUAUCAGUAGUCGCGUGCAGUGCUUUCAUUUCGUCGCCCAACAGAUUUUUGUUUUGGUUGAGUGGGUGGUGUUCUCUCGGACAGGUGAUUAUAAAAAGCAACACCUAAAGGCCACCGAGUGCAGAAGGGGAGCAAGUCGAAAGCAAAAUAAACAGAGAGAAUUUGUGGAAGGUGCACGCGAGCGGAAGUGCAUUGUGAGAGAAGCUACUGAGACCGUGAGGGAGGACCCCCUCCUUCCUGUGCCAUCCAUUACGUGGUUCCCCUUACUACGCGUGGAUAAAACUUAGAGUAAGCUAAUAACACCGCGCGAAGACUGAUUGUGUGCUUAUCGAGAGGCAAUGGAAUCCAGAUCACAUUGAACAAGCGCGCAAUUAAUCGUAGGACGAGUCACUGGAGAAAUUGUUUUCCCAUUCCUCGCUGUGUGGAUAAUGACUUCCAUUUCUUCCGUCGCAACGGUCGCCACAUUCUCUUCCACCCACAAAUUCCAUCGCUUCUAUCACGAAACGCGCCUCGGCGAAUGAGAUCAUUAGGUACAUGUCAUCAGCAUAUUGUUGACGGAAGACCAAGAAGAUAAGCACCCGCAUCAUUUCUACAGACUGUUGUGAAUUUUCACACUUGUGAAUCACCCGCAUCGAAAUGGAAAUCGCACGCGAAGAUUGGAUCGAUCGAGCCCAGGAGAACAUGAAGAAGUUUCUCAACCGGGGCGGAAGCUGCCGCGGAGAUGAACCGCAACUUCUUCAGGGGACCAGUCUGGAGAACACCCUCGGCUAUGCCCUUAGCCUCACCAUGAAGGACCCGAACGAGUGGACCGAUGAGGAACUGCAGAUGGAGUACAUGGAGCAAUUGUGCUUCUACGACGAGGAAUCUUGUAAAACAAUCGACAAGCUGGUCCAGCAGAUGUACAACGGUAUCCAUCGGAACGUGACCUGCCGUUUGACGAUCCUACCGAUUGAGCUGUACAGCGAAGGGAAGCUGUACGAAGUGCCGCUGUUUCGGUACCACUUUCAGCAAGCGACCGACACGGAGCCAAAGUUUAUCGAUUCCAUCGGGAGGGUGUAUCAGGAUUUUGACGAUUUUUUGAAGAACAACAAGUACCCGUCGGCGGAGAUGAUGUACCCGAAGGAGGGUCGACUGGAGCCGACGAAUCUGAACAAUGUGGUGUACGAUAUUUGCAAGACACCAGCGUGGAAGAAUUACUACUUCAAGGCGUUGGAUAUUGCGACGGGUAUCAUUGGUAUCGCCGGUGCCACGGGGGCCAUCUUCCUAUCGGGUGGGCUGGCCACCCCAUUCAUUGCGGCCAGCGUCGGUUCGGCCAUCUACGCUACGGGGCGCUCGAUCGAUGUGCUACGCGACAAAAGCGCCCACCAGGAGUCGCUGAACCCGCUGAGCGACUCGGAGUCUCGAACGGCUUGGCUCAGCCUGACGGCGCACGUACUCACCUUCGGAACCAUGCCGCACAUUUCAGCCCUCUCGGGGGUUGCUUCCACCAGCCAUAGUAUAGCGACCGGGUUUAAGGUGUGCAACUUUAUCAACGAAACAGGAAACAUAAUCAGCGAUCUGGUGAUCUGCGAUACACUGUCGGCGAUGCAUUCCAACUACUACAAUGCCAGCAUCGAGACUCGGCUAGCGCACGCGGCCUCGAUCUGCUUCUGGACCAAAACGGUGAUCAGCAUCCGCCAGGCGGAGCUGAUGAUGAAGAACAACGCGAUCGUGGCCCUGAAGUUGUUCGGCUUUGAGGACCAUUUCUGUGAGUAUUUCAACAACGAUUCGCGAGCGAUCGACAUCGGGCUGAGGAUUGUGAAGCACUCGCUCCAGAACAACGUGACGAUCGCAUCGGACAAAAUGGACGCCAAGGCGAUCACGAUCGAUGGGCUGAAGUUUGAUAUCGAAACGUUGCUGAAGUUGGAACCUGAAGAAGUGGAGAAGUUGUUCGACAUUUUGCAGGCGGUAAGUAGUGAUCUUGAUCGGACGGCUUUCGGAGAGUUACGUAUGCUUUGCGAAAGCGAUGUAGACUUGGUCCGGCUCAUUUCGGCGGAAGCUGAAAGUGAAAAGCUUCCGGGAAAUGAGCUGGCCGAAAUGUUGUUGAAGGUUUACGAAUCGAUGAGAAGCCAAGACAAGUUCAAAAUGAGUCUCAACGUUCAGGACGGCAUUUGUAUAGGUAAUGGGCUCAUGAUGGGGAUCAAGGCAGCGUACAUAAUCUUUGCUUCUAAAGAUGAGCACCAGGCCGUGGCACCGCUGAUAGACGCCGUGCUAGAGCUUCCACCUGAGCAGUGCGAAGCACUGACCAAGAUAAUCAAAACCAAACCGGAUUACAUAUCAAUUUUUAAGCUAAAACCUAGUGAUGCUAGCAGCGAGGAGAUUAGUAGCAAACUUAGAAAUGAAAUUUCGAAGGCCUUAUCAGAAGAGCAUUAAGUUUUAAACUUUUAACUACAUGAACGCUAGCGCGAGAGCGUGUGAAAUUUAAUAGCCAAAUUUUUUAGGACCAUAGUAAGUCACUGUUAGUGAAAGUGAACGAAUUUUUAAUGCACCGCAAAAAAGAACAGAUUUUCUCGGAUCGGGACUAGCCCUGAUUCGGGAGAACACACGCACAAACACGAAAUAUGUAAUCUACUAGGGGUGAAGUAGUGAAGCUAUUAAUGGGCGGCAAUGUUUUCUAUAAAACAAAACCGAUUUCUAGUGAUGACGCUUUAAAGUUUUGAACUUGGAAACCUACAGAACAACAACAACAAAAAUGAUGAGACUAAUGUGCACCUGUUUAGACGAAUUUAGCGCGCGUAACGUGAGUUGUGUAGUGAACGACACCAAAAAAAGCAUGUAAUACUACUAGAGUAUAGCCAUAUAGAAAUAUUGUAAUAUGAUAAAACAAAUAGCUUAGUAGAGUAUAGUAGAGUGAUGCUCAUUAUGAGAGAAAAAAAAGUUGAAAACAAUCGCUCAAAGCGAAUAAUCUAGAAAAUGAAAAGUAUAACACAUUCACAAAAUACAAUGAAAACAAAAGUUUUAUCUGGCUCUGGAGCAACAACAAAAGUAAACGAAAAACACUUGUUAGAGAUUUAUUUUACGAAGUUUUAACAAACACAUUGGGACAAAAACAAAAAUCAUACGAUGAAGACACUUAUAACACUACACUAUAUUGCGAUUACUUUAUUUUUGAAAAAUAUAUUGCAACACCGAAAACAAUAGAUGAGUGAUCAUAGACAUCAAUGU